AUGGAUUCCAUUUUCAUUGACUGCUCACAAGAUUUUACACCUUCUAGUUCGAAUGCUUUCCAGACAUCCAACUUAGAUGACAUCGUUAUCAUUGAUCAAGAAUGGAAUUAUAAUGAGACGCUUAUACUGCUUGAAAUUAUCUUGGAACAUUGGAGAAGUCUUAAUAAUACCAAAAACAAUGCUCAUAGAGCCAGAAUUUGGGAAGUCAUGUUCGAUAAUUUCAACAAAAAAUCACCUGGCAGAACACUAACUGCUUUCAAAAAAAGAUGGGACAAACUCGUCGAAGGUUAUAAACUUGUGAUUGAUAACAAUAAGUGUACAGGAGCGGAAACUAUGCAUUUUGAAUAUGAAGAACAAAUAAAGGAGAUGGGUUCAGCGAGCAAUAGAAAGAAAAAGGAAAAGGAGGAAAAAAAGCAUAAAAGUCAUUCGGCUACUUUAGAUGUUAUUAAAGAAUUGCACGAAGAAACGAGAAAAGAAAAUCACGAAUUUCAAAACAAAUUGUUAAAUAUUUUAGGAGAAUUGGUUUCGGCAAUUAAGGAGAAUGAAUAA